AUGAGCAAGAAGAUGAUGAACAAGUUGCUACAGCAGUGGGUAUGCUCGAUCUGUCAAGGCAAGGUCGCCACUGUGGUUCACAAGUCGGUCAUGGCUCGAACGUGGACAGACAUAAGCAUUCUCGGGAAGUGUGAUGCUGCUGGGAUUUUGGGGCUUCUUCCUCAGCAAAAGCUUAUAGCUUCUUUACGAAUGCUGGCGUUUGGUGCAUCUGCAUCUGCAGACCAGGUGGAUGAGAUUGCUAGAAUGGGGAAGUCCACUACUCGAGAUAGCUUGGUCAAAUUCUGUGAUGCAAUCAAAACUCUCUACACCAAGGAUUACCUCCGCAAACCCACACCUAGGGACCUCUAA